CCGAGUCGGCCUUUUCUGCCUUGCCUCCGAACUCCGAUCUCCACUUCUCUCGUUCGCUUCCUUGCUUCUUCGAGUCGAUUUGGGGGUGCUCGCGAGGCGAUCGGGUCUUGGAGGAAGCAUGGAGAGGCUCUCUCUGAUCGACGUCGCGUCGGAGGAUGAUCUGCUCACGUCCUCCCCUUGCGACGGCUUCAUCGGUCAGAUCUCACCAGUGAUUGUUGGUUCGGAGGAAAGCGGGAAUCAAGUGAAAAUAAACAAGCAAAUAGAACAAGCCCUCGAUCUUUCAGAGUCCCCAGAGUAUAAUAAAACAAAGACUGGCAAAUGCAACUUGCGGAAAAGUUUAGCCUGGGAUAGUGCCUUUUUUACGAGCGAAGGAGUUCUGAAUCAUGAGGAACUGGCCAUCGUGAACAGCACAUUUAAGAAGACUCAAGCAUGUUCACUUCCUAUAAUUCUGGAAGAUGCAAGGAAAUCAACAGAAUCAACAUCAACUUUAGAUAAUGAUAGCUGGGCACUGGAGAAUCUUGAGGUAGAUUUGUUCGAAAAUGUUCGAGCUUCCAUUCAGAUGACCUUUGGCACCGGAGAGAAAGCUUUGAAUGUGGCACAGCCAAUCAAGAAAAACAACCCAGCGAGGCGAGCAUCAAUGAAACUUGAACCAUCUUCCCGUAAUAAGAAGUGCACUCCUGUGGCAUCAGAGCGACAUGGUGUUAGCAACCAUCUUCGUGAGAGUGCCACCAGAGCAGCCACUGUUGUUACAAAUGUGGGUGCUGAUGGAGUUACUAAUUCAAAGAUGUUAAAGCCACCGAGGGUUUUGUCCAGAGGAACUCUUCCAGCAAUGCCAACCAAGACAAAUCUUGUUUCUGGAAACAACCAGAUAAAAACUAGUAGUAAAAAAGAUAUCCCAGGCAAUACAGCAACUCAGAAAUCUGCUGUAGUUUCUAAGAAAAUAAAAGGAGGUUCUUGUGACACUAUAAAGUCCUCCCGUUCACCAAAACCUACUCCGAAACUGGUCGACAAUUCGAGAGACACAGCACGUAAGUCUCCUUCCGAGACAACAAGAUCGAGAAGUACUUCCAGAGCUAUCAAUCGAUCUCUAUCUGGAUCAAUCACCAAUAAAGCAUCCAUGAGGACGAGUGGAUCUAAAAUUAGCAGAAAUACAAGUAACAGUGCAGUAUCUCCAAAUUCUUCUGUCAAGUUAUCUUCAAUUGCUUCUCCGAGUAGCUCCUUCGACAGUGUCACUUCAGGAUCAUCUUCAUCGACUUUCUCUGCUGUUAAACCAUUGAUUGAUGGCAUUGAACCUGGUGCUGACAACGAAGAAGUUCAUCCUCCAGGUCUCCAAUCAAAUCUCAGUUCUGAAGAUAUUGGACAAUCAAACGGACUACUUGUUACCAAAGUUCAUCCAAAAAGUUGCCCUAACGAUAGCUCUGGGGCAAAAUGCUACAAACCUUCAGGACUCAAAAUGCCAACUCCAAAAAUUGGCUACUUCGAUGCAAAGAAAUCUCUUGCCUGCGAUGUCAAAACAGUUUCAGAGCCUCGGCAGCAGCCCAGUUUCCCCAAAACCACCACUGGAGUACCCAACAAGUCUGAUUCAGGGAACAAAACGAAACCCAAAAAGAUUCAACAUGUGUCACCUGCAAACCAGGACAUGGCCAUCGAUUCUGAUUCUCCACGAUCAACAGCUUUAUCUCGGAGUCCACUUGCAGAGUCCCCAUCACUUAAACGACUACCGAAGCUUGUUGUAUCGGGUGGCUUGACUGAUACAUCAGAAGCACAAAAGGAAUCAAGUCCCAUCGUCAAGGAUUUCCAUAGCCCAUUAAAGGUUUUUGAUGCAUCGGUUGUCAACAAAGCUGAAUGCGAUCUACUGCCAAAACCAAGUACAAAAGAGCGAGAUGGUGAUCCGCAUCCAAAGCAUACGGCCAAUAUCCCAGUGGAAGGUGAAGCUAUGAUCCUGAUUGAUGGAAGUUCCGGAGUCCUUUGGAAACACUCAGAAACACAGGCAACAGAGAACCAGAACAAUUAUCAAUGUGAUCCCCCUACCAUCAACAUUGAAAAGGAAAAUAUGUCUCCUGCAGAAUGAACAACUUUCAAGGACAAAAUAUGGGCACAGCACUGGGGAAAGAAAUGACACUAAAGUUAGUUCUCUACUCAACUUAGGACGAGAAGGUUUUGUUUUGGACAUUGAGCAAUGUCUGAAAUCUGUAAUCGUUUGUCCCUAAUCAGAACCGAAGCUUCAUUCUCAAGUCAGCAAAAUUAACAGAGAAAGAGCUGUACUUGCAUGACUACAUUUCAAUCAAUCUUGAAGGACCCAAAGUGAAACAAUAAGUUAUUAUAGCUGGAAUCGAUUAUAAGGUUGAUUCAAAUUUUGGCACUUCGAUUCUUGACUUGGGAGUCACUCAAGAUGGUGAUCGAUAGGAUAAUUGAGAUCAUGAUUCAUUGAA